CUCAAGUGCUGGGCACAAAACAGUCAAAUUUAAGACUGCCACGCCACACUUCCUGGUUUCUACUGUCCAAGGACACAUUUUCAUUGUUGCACACCAUACAUCAUUGGAGCCAUCCCUGAAAAUGGCACUGCGUCGAACACUCGUCACGCCGCUGGUGGUUGACCCUGUCGAGGGCCAUUCACACACCGUCGUCUUCCUCCGUCGCUUCCCAGAAAAAACAACAGACCAGGAGCUUCGCGACAAGGUCCUCUCCGCCAAGCUGACCAGGAACCACAAGACACUGAGCGAGCAGUUCCCAACCUUGCGCUGGGUGUUUCCCUUUUGCAAAGCCCAUGCGAGACCCUGGAAUAAUCUCUCACCCGAUGAUAGGGCAGCCGUGGGGAUGACGCUGGGAAGCCUCCCGUAUAUCACCCAGGUGAUCAUCCAGGAGGCCGAACGCGCAGGAGGGCUGGAUCGGGUCGCCCUCGGCGGCCAGGGGGAGACUGCCGAGGCGGCUCACGAGGCCAUGUCGUCGUUCCCCGAGGCCAAGGCCAGCGCUUACGACAACGAGGACGAGAUGGCAGCCUUCAUGUGGGACAACUUCACCUUGACAAACGCCGAUCUGGCCGGACUGAAACUUGCCGGCUUCGUCGGCAUGCACGCCCAAGAUGGCCCACUCACUCGUGAUGUCAAAAACUUCGGCAUGAUGACCAAGGGUAUACCCACGAAGCAGAAGAUCAAUGCAACGAUCAUCAAGAACACACCGCACAAGUUCAUUCAGGGAGGCUACAAGGUGCAGACAACCACCUGGGAUGGAAAGCGCAUCGAUGACUUUGCCGAAUUCCUCGUCAGCAUCGGGGUGGACCGCCUCGUCGACGUCGAGCGGCAAACGGGCGGCAACGAGACCCUGACGCCAAAGGAGAGGCCGGACCCGGCGAAGAGCAAGCGAGUGGACGCAAAGGACGAGCUCAGCGACAUGCAGAAGCACGCACUCGAGAUGGCCAAGCAGAAGAAGGCCAACGAGGCGAUCAGGCAGAAGACGCUGAACCGCAUCGAGGCUGACAAGGUCGAGCGGAAGAUACGCCAGGAACAAGAGAGGCAGAAACGACUCAACAGUGGGAGUGUGGGUCGGCCGACGGGGUCUACCAAUCUCCUCGGCGGAGGUCCUCCCUCACCGUCGCGGCCCGCCCCUUCCAUGCAACAGCCCGGCCAGCUGAUGCCUGGAUCAUCCCCACCGCCAGCGGUCGACUCUCCUGGUGCUGAGCCACAGCAAGGCCAGGACUCCUCCCAUGAAGACGACGACGGCGAUGAUGUAGAUCUCGAUUACCUGGUCCAGCCACCCAGGCGACGGAUGGCGAGGCGUGAGCAGGGGAGAACAAUCGGUGGCGAGUCUGCUUGGGCUCCUCCACCGAGCCAAGGCAAGGGGGAGAUGAGCCAGGCGCGGAUGGACGCCCUUGGUCUGGCCCAAACCGAUGACGAGCAAGGUCGCUAA